AUGAGAACCGCGGAACUCCAGGCAGAGAAGAGACGUAGCCUCUCUUCCGAAGAAAACGUGGGCAUGUCGCGGGUUGCAGAACUCGCCGAGAAGCGAGAAUACCUAGGACCGGAAGAACAGGGAAACCGAGAAAAGACGAAAGUGGAGGAAACGGAAGAAGGCGAGGAAGCUGAAGAGGGGAGGAGCGCGUGGGCCAGGCCUUCCCCCAGUCGCGUCUCCGAGAUCUGUGAAGCAAAGGCAAGCGCUGUAGGCCCCGGCGAUUUUGUGCUCUUUCCGCUCCCAACAAAGACUUCGAACGCAGCCGAGGAAUCAGCGGGAGACGAGAGGCCGGAAAAGGAGGAAGCAGAAGAGAGAGCGACCGAAGGACGAGAGAGAGAAGACCGACAGGAAGUGGAGACGCGAAGUCGGAAGAGAGAAGACGGGCACGGCAGGGAAAGAGAGACUGGAGAGGGCGUGGAAGGCGAAGGGCGGAUAACAGAGAAAAACUCUAUCCCGCGUGGCUAUGGUAGAGGCGAAGUUAUUUGCGUGCACAAGGAUCGCGUGAAAGGGACUGUCGCAGACAUCCUGCGCUACACCGCAGAUGGGAAACCUUUCAAGGGCUUGCGAGCUGGCUUAAUCACAGGCAUCCCGUUGACUGGUCUGUUGCUCCUGGAAGCAAACGAACACCGCAUCGAGCCGGCGCGGCGAGCGAACAGCGGGGAGUUUUCACCGCCUCUCUCUUUUUGUCUCCGCUUGUCUUCCUUUUUCACGUGCUCAGUCGAUCCCAAAGACCUAGAGACCACAGGUCUGUGUAUCCAGUCUUGCGAAAUUACGCAGAUCGGCUGCGUGCCCCGUCUCUUCCGCGACGGCAGAUGGCACUACGUCAAUUGCCCUGUCCUACGCGACGCCGAAGCUCAUCUCUGGGGCGAGCCACAUGUGUUUUCGGCCUAUAUUCGGAUACAUUCGUGGAUCCCGAAAAAAGUGCGAGAUCUGACAGGCAUAACGAAAGCGCUGCUCAACAAGAAAGGUAUCCCGCUGGAGACGGCUCUUUUGAAGUGGGCUGGGUGGGCGCAGAAAAUCGCAAAUUCUCUUGACUACGAUGUGCCUAUUUGGUUUGUCGCUCACAGCGGGUCCUCGUUUGACAUCCCCGUGCUGCUGCGCCAUGAAACGUCGACGCGCACAGCCCUUAAAAUGUUUUCUCGCGGGUGUUUUUUCCGCCAUGUCGGGUGUGAGUACACCGUAGAUACACUCACGCUUUCCCGCGCUCUGCCGUGGCCGAAUGUGCGAGAGCAGUCGCACAGUCUUAGUCUGCUUUACGCUCAGUUGACUGGCAGGUCUCGAGACCGGAACGACGAGCACAAUGCGGUAGGCGACUCCAUAGCCCUCGCAGAACUAAUGGGGAAAGAACCUUUCCUCUCCGCCUGGCAGCGCAUGAAGGUGGGAAGGAAGCUCUGCGAGGAAUUUGAGUACCAACGCAGGCUCAAGUUCCUGAACAUCAGUCCCCGUCUCUGA